AUGGGACCUGCUGGCUUCCACGGCUGCCUGAGGACAGGAAUCCUCCUCUCAGUCACACUUCUGACCACAUGGAUCCCGCCAAUGGCUGCCCAGUUCACCCGCCCUGCUGACCUGCUUAGCAACACUCCAAGUGGGAGAGUUUCACUGGCCAAGCCCACGCUGUCAGUCAGCCAGAGCACUGUCGUAGAGCUGAGGGACAUGGUGACAUUCUACUGUCACACUGACGAUGAUAAUGUCACCAUCCACUGGACCUCCAACAACUCCCCACUAGCGUCAAAUGAGCAUGUGAAGCUGUCUGCGGAUCACAAGAACCUCACCAUCCUCGUUGUCCAGCGAAAGGACUCGGGGUCCUACCAGUGUGAAGUGCAGAAUGGCUUUGAGGGCCAGAGCAGCGACACUGUCUUGCUGGAUGUGAACUAUGGUCCUGACCCUGUAACAAUCAAGCUGGACUCAGGUGUAGAGGCUGGGGAUGUGGUUGAGGUGCUAGAAGGCCAAGCUGUGAACUUCAGGGUGAAAACGCAGUCUCGCCCUGCCUCUGACUAUACCUGGUAUCUCCCCACUGACUCCAUCCAGCCUCCCACCAUGGGGACAUUCACCAUCAAGGCUGUGUCCAAGGAACAUGAAGGCAUGUACAGGUGCCUGGUGUCCAACAGUGUCACCCAGCUGUCCCGCCUGGGUGUUGUCAAAGUCCAAGUGCUUCAAAAAUUAACUGCACCCAGUAUCGAGCUCCCAAUCCUGCCUCUUGUGGAAAACGCUACCUCUGUGUCCCUGACCUGCAAAACCAGCCACCACGAGGCCAGUGUCCAGUGGUUUCUGAAGGGUCAGCCACUCUGGCCCAGUGAUCGCCUGACGUUGUCAUCUCAGAACAGGACCCUGAUUAUCCAUGGCCUCCAGAGGGACGACACGGGGCCCUAUGAGUGUGAGGUGUGGAACUGGGGUGGCCGCGCUCGCAGUGCUCCCCUGAGGCUUGCCAUCAACUAUGGUCCUGACCGAGUGGACAUCGCCCCGGGGUCAGCAUCUGGAGAGGCCAGCACCAUCCAGGCGAUGCUCAACUCCAGCCUGACCCUGCAUUGCUGGGCUGACUCCAAUCCUGAUGCCAGGUAUCACUGGACCCACGAGCACUCCUCCGCAGUGCACACUGGGGAGCAGCUGAGCAUAGAGGCUCUGAGCUGGGAGCAUGAGGGCAUCUACAGCUGCACGGCUUCCAACCUUAUCACCUGCCUGGCCCGGUCCGCCUCUGUCCUGGUCAAGGUGGUGGGUCCUCCAUCAUCCUCUCUAUCUCCUGGAGCCAUUGCUGGCAUUGUCGUCGGGAUCCUGGCUGCCAUUGCUUUGGUGAUAGGAUUGGCCUAUUUCCUCUACAGCCGGAAGGACAGAUGGACCCGCAAGAGACCAGACAGUGAUACUACCCUCAGGACCAUGACACAGAGACCCCCAGAGUCCAGAUGCAAUGACUCCAUGGCAGUGAUGUUGGGAGCCUCGGACUCUCCUGGCUUAGCCCCAGACAAGCCAAAGACCGAGUACGACAAUGAGCCGAAGCCCCGGUGGAUGGCCAUUGGCCAAGAGGUGCUGCCGUCUGUCUCCCCGGAGCAGGACUAUGAGAAGCAGCUACCUUCCGUAGCUCCUGAACGUUCCAGGAAGCCACUGCCCCCAACUCCAAUUCCAAAGCAGCCAUUGGUCCCCCCAGUAUCAACAAGAAACCCAGAAUCAAAUUAUGAGACGUCCCAGGACUAG